AUGCGACGAAAGCAGAACGGGAGGGGCGGGGUUGUGCAAUUCCGUGGUGCCGGGGGGCUGCUGUGAAGGUGUCAUGGCUGCUGCCGUGGAGCUUAGUUCCCCGAGCGGCAGCGACAGGACCGUGGAGCGAAGCUCCAGCCCUCUCCUCGCCCCAGAGAUGCUCUGCGACAUCUUCCGCUCCUUGCACACUCUGACUGGACAGCUUAACCUCAAAGAUGAUGUGGUGAAAAUUACAAUCGAUUGGAACAAGCUCCAGAGCUUCUCAGCAUCCCAGCCUGCAUUGCUCCUUACUGCACUUGAGCAACACGUUUUGUAUUUGCAGCCCUUUUUAGCAAAACUUCAGUCUUUGAUUAAAGAGAAUUCAGCUGCUGUUGAAGAGAUAAGAAAAACAGAAACGGGGAACAGGAGUGAACCAAGUGCCAAAUUUGCCGUUGGGGACCUGCAAGAGGAAGAAACGCUUAAAGAUUAUGAUUUAGGAGAUGUGAAGAAGACAGAAAUCCAUUUUGAUCCAGAAGUAGUUCAAAUAAAGGCUGGAAAAGCAGAAAUUGACAGACGAAUAUCUGCAUUUAUUGAAAGAAAACAAGCUGAAAUCAAUGAAAACAACGUAAGGGAAUUUUGCAAUGUUAUUGAUUGUAAUCAAGAAAAUAGUUGUGCAAGAACUGAUGCCAUCUUUACCCCUUACCCUGGAUUUAAAAGUCAUGUAAAAGUUUCUAGAGUUGUGAAUACAUAUGGACCACAGACUAGAUCUGAAGGAAUCCCAGGGUCAGGUCAUAACCCUGCUGGCAUGCUUCGAGACUGUGGUAAUCAGGCUGUGGAAGAGCGGCUCCAGAACAUUGAAGCUCACUUGCGAUUGCAGACUGGUGGUCCAGUGCCAAGAGACAUUUAUCAGAGAAUUAAAAAGCUUGAAGAUAAAAUCCUUGAAUUGGAGGGCAUCUCUCCUGAAUAUUUUCAACCUGUAAACUUCUCUGGAAAAAGAAGAAAAGUUCAACUACCUCAACAGAACUAUUCACUGGCGGAACUUGAUGAGAAAAUUAGUGCCCUCAAGCAAGCCCUGCUCAGAAAAUCAAGAGAAGCAGAGUCCAUGGCAGCUCACCAUCUUCCAUGAAAAUUCCUCAUCUGUCAUUUUUCUUUGAUAUACAUGUGUAUGUAACUUACACUGCAAUUAAUUAAGCAUAUGUAUUUAUCAGUGCAAACUUUUCUGUGAAAUCAAGGUUUAUUUCACAUGAGUCUGGCUUGCAGCACCUAAUCUUCAGGCACUGCAGUGAGUUUUGAAAUAAUGUAUGCAUUGAAAAUAGCAUUGUUGGGAUUUAUUCCCUUCUGUUUUAAAGGACGUAUUUUGGAUAUUGAAAAGCAAUUUGAAAGAACACCGUUUUUUUCCCUUCUUGGUGGACCACCAAAGAAGAUUAUUUUGAUAGUGAUAUCAAAGGACUUUAUAUUUUUAACAUUAACUGGUUUGUUAGUUUAAAUUAGUACCUUGUACACAAUGGAUAGUCAGCAAAAAUGUUUUGACCAAAAUCACUUAAAUGCGUGUGUAAACCUAUUUUUAUUUUUGAGUUAUCCUUGUAAAUAAACAGUCAAUCCCAUUUUA